CUAUCAACUAUCCGAUCGAAGAGUUAAUAAUGGGCAUAAACCAUUCAAAAAACACUUAGGUUAGGAAUGCAUCAAUUAUAGGGAAGUUGUUAAUUAAUUGGGUGGCAUUGUUAUCAAGUCCAAACAAAAUCAAAAUCGUCGACUGGGGUGGGUUUGCGUUGGACUUUUGGAGGAGCUAGUGAUAAUUGAUGAGGACAUGAAUUGAGGAAGUAAACGUCUCAAUCUCCAUCCCCAACUAACCCUCCCAAUUGCCACCACAAUUCUGACUGAGCCCCACGAGCCCCACAAACAGUAAAAUCAAAUAAACAAUAACAUACCGUUUGGUAUAAAUGAAUUUUAUAAAUUUGGAGGAAUUUAUUUUAAAAUGAGAUCUUUUUGUGUUUGAUAUAUGAAAGAAUUCAUUUUAAUUCUAAAUUUUGAAUUCUAAUGAAUUGGAACUAGUUAUAACAAUUCAGAGGAAUUGAGAUGGAAUUUCCAAAUGAAUUCCACAAGUAUCUACUAUUUUUAAUAGAAUGAUAUAAUUAUCCUAUUUUAUUAACUAAAUUACUUAUACAUAUGACAUACCAAACACAGGAAUUCAUUUGACAAUGAAUUCUACACCGCUAUUUAUUGUAUUUCUAAAGAUUUGAAUAUGACAUACCAACAUACAAGAUUUCAUUUGAGAAUGAAUUCUUCACGGUAAUUCAUUUUACAAUGAAAUGAAUUCUUGAUUCAUUUGGUACCAAAGCAGUUCUGAUCUAGAAGGUUGCAAUUUAGAUAGGGUGACAUGAACGAACGUUUAGCUUUCCUUCAUUUCAUCCCCUUUUCACGCUAUAAAUCUCGAGAGAUAUCAUUUCAAUUCAACCUAUGUUUUGUUUAUCUUUUGAAAUAGUCAAUCACGACACGUCUGACUAGUCUCUAAUUAGUUGUUCAUCAGAAACAACAAUCGCACGUACAUGUUAUAGUAUCAUACUUCGAAAUGCACCGACCAGUUCGAUUAAACUUUUAUGUGUGUUUAUUCAAUCAAUCACAAUAGAUUUUAUAAUUUAAUAAAAUGUUAGAAGUAAAAUUUAUGAAUUUCUAUGAAUUCAUUUUCUUAACAAUUUAGAUAUCUGUAAUAUACUGUGUGCAACCAAAUCAAUUACAAAAAAACGCUGCCAAAUAAAUAAAGGAAAGCAAUUAGAAGACGACACUUCCGUUAAUUAACCACUCUGCCAUUUGAUCUGUUCAACGAAGCCAACAAAACCUCUGCCAGAGAAGUAAAAGACGAAGAAGCAAUUGGACUCUGUCCUCUCUCUCUCUCUCUACUUUCUCUUCCUUCCUCUUUCUCAUCUUACCCUUCUCGCCGGAGACGGUCGACGCACGGCAGCGGCAGAAAGGAGCGAUGGACGGGCUGAUUCCACUGGUGUGCCGGGCGUUCAAGAGGAACAAAACACGUCAGCACUACGAGUGCCUCUCCUCCGGCGCCGCCGCUCAGCCGUACAACGCCGCCGACUUCCUCAUCAGUGCCGCCGACCACGUCCCGUCUCUCUACACCAACAUUCCUCCUCCCCGAUCGGAGUUCCAGGGCGACCGUGGCGACGGGGGCCAUCGCCGGUACAUGUCGACGGCGGGAGAUUUCGCGCCGGAGCGUCACGGAUCGCCGGCGGUCGUGCGGAGGAGCUCGUCCGUGGUCGUCGCCGGCGGCGGGAAGCAGCAGGAGAUGGUGAGGUUUCGGAGCCACCGGCGGAUGUUUAGCUGCGUGAGUCUCGGAGAAGAUUAGUAGUUGCAUUAAUUAAUUCGUAGGGAGCGUCUGUCCAAAAUACACAUAAGAAUAAGAAUCAAUGGAGCAUCUGUGGCUCCAAAUUCUUAGCUGGCCGCCGGCGGUUUGACUUUCUCAAUUCUAGCAAGUUGAAAAAAAAAAAUGGACACUUUGAAUCAUUCUAUGUUCAAAUGUUUCAAUCGAAUGGUGUGUUUCAAUCGUUAUGUUUUAGUUAUAUGUUAUUCUUUUUUACUAUGUUUGAUGGUUAGAUUCGUUUGUUUCGAUGGUUUUUCGAGUUCAAUUUUAUUAUAGGACGAUUUUACUUUUUCUUGUCUCGUUAUAUGUACAUGUCCAUGCUUGUAAUCUCAAUACACAUACAAUUGUAAUAAUACCCAUUAAUGGAUGUUACCUAAGAGGUCUAGCCGUUUAUAUAGUUGAUUUUCAACUAGAGGUCUCAUAUUCAAAUCAUUUAGAUAACAAGUAAUAAUAAAAGAUGUCACCCUAAUAAAAGAAAACAUUACCU